AUGAGAAAUGGGGUGAAAAAGUUUACUCUGGAAUAUCAUCCGGUCGAUUGGUGUGGGAUCGACAGACCUACUCGACUCAAUUUACCCAACUUACAAAUCUUGGAACUGCUCAAACCCAAAACUAUCAUCAUACGAAACUGUGUUCUAGCAGACUUGAGACUAGAUAAACCUGGUUUACCUUCAAGCCUUUGGGAAGAAAUUGAAACAUUGGUUUUAGUCUGUUCACCGAAACAACACAUAUUCUUCAUCGCCUUCAGCAAUUGGAUCAAGACCGCUGAGAUGAAACACUUGAAAAGAGUAUAUUGGGUUUUCGAUCCCAUGAUUGAUGCUCCGGCUUCGUGUGGUCAAUCGAUUAAAACAUUCGAUAUGUUUGAUAGAUUGGUUAACACCAUCGUCGAAUCCAAUUUAUUCGACUGGGUGAACCUCGCACUGCUAAAUCCACUCAAAUCGCCUGAAAGCGAUAUUGAAAUUCAUUAUAUCAACCCGGAAUGCAUCUACUCAGCUUUGGAUAGAACCCAAAAAUUGGAUUUCUUGGACCGAUGUUAUCGCUAUCGUCUACUCAAGGAUGAGGAUCUCACGUCUGGAACACUUGAAUCGAGGACUGUAAAGUUCCAAAACGCUUUCCUAUUUGAGUUCCAAAUUAUAACUUGGUGUCAGUUGGAGAGGAUGAUGAGGGUAGAUGGCUUGGAAGAGGACAAGAAGGAGGAAAGGAGGAAAUUAAUCAAUUUCAAAUCCCUACAGAAAUGGGUAGAGGAAGAUGAGAAAGAUUGGUCACAAUGGUUCGAUAGGGAUGAUUUAGUCAGAUAG